AUGCACCCACUGGCCCGCCUGCACCAGGCGCUGCUCGCCCCCGCAGUCCGCCGCCAGUGCUGUCGAUCGUUGGCCACGCACGCCCGCUCCAAGGUCUUCGCCGAGGGCGAUAUCGUCCUGCUGCGGAACAGAAACCGCCCCGACCAUGCCGGCGUCCUGACCAAGCCACUGCAGCCCGGCGUCGUUAUCGGCACCCACCAUGGCAACAUCCCUCACGACGACAUCAUCGGCAAGAGCGUCCGCGACACGAUCCUGACGAGGGUCCGUGACCCGGCCCAGUCCAGGCAGACCGAGUACCGCAUCCAAGAGCCAACACUGGACGAGUACGUGCGCAUGUCUCCGCGGAUCGUCACUCCUAUCUACCCCAACGAUGCGUCAUUCAUUGUGAAUCUAUUCGACAUCCAUGUGAGCCCCGCUCUGCCCGGCGCUGCCCUUUCACCGCCAUUGGAGAUUCUGGAGGCCGGAACCGGGCAUGGCGGUCUCACGUUACACCUUGCCCGUGCCAUCCACGGCGCCAACCCGCCGCUGCCCGAGUCUCUUCGGGUGGAACAUGCCCCUCCCACAGACGCCGAUCACUCUGCCGAGGAUGUGACGUAUGAGUCGACGACCAUCGACCACAUAGCCGAACAUACGCUUGAGUCUUGGAAGAAGAAGAGAAGAGCAGUCAUUCACACCCUGGAUAUCAAGGAACGACACUCGAAGCACGCGCGGAAGAUCGUUGAACGGUUCCGCCGGGGCAUGUAUGCCAAUGACAUCGACUUCCAUGUCGACGAUGUCUCAUCUUGGAUCAAGGCACGCUUCUCAGCGCAGACCAAAGGAGAUGCUAAUAAGCAGCCCGAGCCGUUUUUGUCCUACAUUUUUCUAGAUCUCCCCUCAGCAGAGGACCAUUUGGAGAUUGUAUCACAGGCCCUUCACAUGGACGGCGCUCUGGCAGUUUUCAACCCAAGUAUCACGCAAAUUGCGGACUCGGUGAAGAAAAUCAAGGAGCUACAGCUACCAUUUGCACUCGACAGGGUUGUUGAGCUGAAGGGAUAUGAUACCGUUCGGGAGUGGGAUGUUAAAGCCGUGCAGACCAAGGCGGCGAGGCAAGCAGCCCAAAACAAUGUGGAAGAUAAGGAAGUGGAUGCCGAGGAGGCAACUGCCGAGAAUGCUGAAAAGGAAACCACUUUGGCCGAGCAGGCGGUAGAGGAAGCGCAUGACUUGGAAAGAAUUGAAGCCGAACAGGCCGAACAGCUUCAGAAAGGUAAAGAUGAUGAUUGGAAGUUGGUCUGUCGCCCCAAGACCGGCUUGACGCACUCUGGAAAGCUCCGAUAUCUCCGGCGCCGUUCCGGCAAACGUCAGAUCAGAUCUCAGGUCAGCCCCACCAUUCCAGUCACCGUGUCGGCCUCAGCCUCAAUCUUUAACUUUCUCUCCUCCUUACUCUCAUACGAUCUCAAGAUGGCUGAGCCAAAGCACUUGACCGGCGACAAAGCCGCCAUCGAGGAGUUCCUCAGCAAGUUCGACACUUUCUUGUUCGACUGCGAUGGCGUGCUAUGGUCUGGCGAUCACCUCUACGACCAUGUCCCGGAGACGCUGGAGAUGCUGAGGAGCAAGGGCAAGCAGCUUGUCUUCGUCACCAACAACAGCACCAAGAGCCGCGCAGACUACAAGCAGAAGUUCGACAAGCUCGGCAUUCCCGCUAAAGUGGAGGAAGUCUUCGGCUCGGCCUACAGCGCCGCGGUGUACAUCUCGCGCAUCCUCAAACUGCCCGCGGGCAAGAACAAGGUUUUUGUUCUGGGCGAGUCUGGCAUCGAGCAGGAGCUGCGCGCCGAGGGCGUGCCCUUCAUCGGCGGCACCGACCCGCACCUGCGCCGCAACGUCGACCAAGCCGACUUCGAAGCGAUCGCGAACGGCUCCGCGCUCGACCCGGAGGUCGGCGUGGUGCUGGCGGGCCUGGACUUCCACGUCAACUACCUGAAGUACUCGCUCGCGUUUGCGUACUUGAGGAACGGCGCCAAGUUCCUGGCCACCAACAUCGACUCGACGCUGCCUAACGCGAAGACGCUGUUCCCCGGCGCUGGCUCGGUCAGCGCGCCGUUGGUUACCGCGACUGGCACGCAGCCGCUGUCGCUGGGCAAGCCUAGCCAGGCUAUGUUGGACGCCGUCGUGGGCAAGUUCCACUUCGAUCGCAGCAGAACGUGCAUGGUGGGCGAUCGCCUGAAUACUGACAUCCAAUUCGGUAUCGAGGGAAAGCUGGGCGGUACGCUUGCCGUGCUGACUGGCGUCAGCAAGAAGGAGGAUUUCCUGGGUGAAGGCGAUGGAACGGGCGUGAAGCCAGCAUACUACGCGGAUGCUCUUGGCGACCUGUUGGUGUAG